GGUUUGUUGCUCCGGACGCGUUUUCGUAAGGCCCGUUUCGUGCCCGCUUGUUGUUGCUGAGGAGCGUGGGGUGGGGUCCGCGGAAGGGUCAAAAGGCGACUUUUCUCUUACUGCCGCGACUGAACGGCCUACGCGGCCAGCACGUGCGUGUGCUCUGCAGGGUGCAUUCGAUGGUUGUUUUGUUGUUUUGUUUUCUUAGUGUGCGACCAUAUUUGCUAGUGAGUUGUGUGCAUGUGUGAUAGCUCAUCAUAGUGAAAUUUAAACUGCAGUGCGAAAGAGGGGCGAAUUUUCCCGACGUUCAACGAAAAACAAAAGCGGGAAAAAACAACGGACCCCAGUGCAACUAAUCGACAGCUGUCGAACGAGGCGAGGAACCCGGUGGAAAUGUACAGCCACAGUGCGAUGUGAGCUCCAGCAAGAGGGCAAGCAGACGCACGGAACAGUAGAACAAGGAGGGGAACGGGGGGGAAAGGCUAGAAAAGUUCAAGCAUACCCAACACACCGACACACACACGCCACGUUCCAGCGAAAGAUAUGGCGCCAGUCCGGGACACACGGUGGGCUGGGCGGCCGUUCGCGCUGACACUGCUCGCGGUGACGCUGGCCGCGGUCGGGGGGCGGGCGGUGGCGGCAUCAUCACUACCAACUGACAGCUACCGAUUGACAGGGAGCAGCGCAGCGACAGCGUCCACAAAGGAGACGGUGUCAGCCUCAACUUCAUCAACCUCAACCGACGACGCUACUAUCAACCGCUGUCGCGCGGCCUGCCUGGCGAAGCAUUCUGUGCCCGAUAUGGCGUGCAGCCAAACGCGAGCCUGCUCAACGUGCUGGAUCAGCUGCACGAGUGCAGGAGCGCUUCAGCCAACACCGGGUUCGCGACGAUCAGCUCUGCCCCGCUGCCAGCUCCAGCUCACCGUCCAGCGGAUGGUGCGCAACGAGUCCCUGGUCACGGCCGACGUCAGCUGGACGGCAACGCUGCCGGACGUGUGCAACGGUACCAACAUCGAGGUGCCCGGCGCUAGCCAAUGUCUCGUGACGUGGGAAGUGUCCGGCGGUGGACUGAUGGGCAACCUGCUGACCGAGUCCCCCAGCGUGCAGCUCUCGCUCUGGUCGGACACCAACUAUCGUGUGCAGGUUACUUGCCGCAGUAAGCGUUCGAGCGCACUGAUCCGCUCGGCACCGCUCGUGCUGAGCACCUCGGGCGCGGUACUGCUCGAGAGCGGCACCCGGAAGCCGUCGCCGGCGCAGACCACCACGGUCCGGCUGCUGGGCGAGGUCGCCGAGGGCGAUGAUGACGAGGCGCUGGCACGGGAGCUGGACUCGUUCGAGGAGGGCGACUCGUACCACCGGCGGCAUUCGCCGAGCCAGCUGCAUCCCUGGCCGAUCGCGCGCGAAAGCAACGGCGAGAUCGCCAUCCUGGCCCUGUUCGUCGCCAUGCUGCUGUUCCUGCUGGUGCUGCUGACGAUCGUGAUUCUGGUCAAGUGGCGCCCGGGCAGCCCCGCCGACCCCGCCCGACUAGAGAAGGACGCACUGGUGGAGAACGAGGUUAUGGUUGAGAUCCUGCACGUCUAAAGCCGAGGCGGGCGCCGCUGGGGAGAGUGUAAAUAUUCAACGAUCGAAGCGACGGCAAUGGUCCACGGGCUUCGAUCGGCUUAGAUAAUGCAAAAUGUGAACUUAAUUGUAGGUAAUGUUAAGGAUGGUGGGGCAGGAAAGAAGGUAACGAAUCUUACAACAGAAACCAACGAAUAAAUCUAGCUAGAGCUGUUCAAGAGUCCGUGGCGGACCUGCUUUAUUAAAAUGUAACAAAUAACAAAUAACAAACUCGGAAAAGUCACACGCCGACACGAAAAUGUAAUGAAACAACGGCCGUGACGCCCCCCGUCGAUUUUCCAUGGCAUUUAAUUCUAUUCACCACUUGUCCAGACACAUGACGCCCAAUGGGCCACGCGUUGGGCUCCAUCUUUUGGCUUCGCCUCCCAUUUUUCCUACUGUCAUUUGUAAAUGAAUACCUUUCAUUAGAUUUUAAAUGCAAACGUGCGUCUCUCAACGUUUCAAAAUACGCCUCGCUCCCGUCGAACAAACAAAAAAAAAACUCUCGGCCUCCUCUCGGAUGCGAGAGGGGUGUCGUGUUGCUAUUCCACUCUACCGCGCGCGUAUUGAAUAUUAAACUGUGUGUGUGUGUGUGUUUGUGUGCUGGGCGAGCAAAAGCAGAGCCACUGCCCGGCGAGGGCGAACUGCCGAUCGUGAAACUGUUCUAAAGCGCAUUCCCGUCUUACUUAUUGCCCCACUCGGCCUUAUCGGGCCACUAACCGGCAGCUAAUCGGCCGCUCACGCGGGCCCCGAAAGCUAAUUGGAAAUAAUCGUUUCGAAAACGGUGUAGGGUAAAUGUACCAAUAGUGGUGCAAUUUGUAGUGGUACCGAUGUGUUUUAAUGGAUUUAAAGUGUAAGGAAGGACAAUUUCUGAAUAUUUUA